UUUGAUCCACUCAGAAUCCUGUACCCUUGAAAUGGCUUCAUCAGGCGAGUAACCUGAAAGCACCGAGCCACUAAAAACUCUGGGCGAAUUAGCAUAAUCAUCUACAUCGAUCUUUCUCUAAUUUCUGACCGAUCCAGAGCUUUGAACAUUUAAUUAUCUCUUUGUUUUCAAUCCCAUGGCGGGGGAGGUACUCCUUUCCAGUGUUGCAGAUGUGAUCAUUUGGCAAUUGGGUAAAGCAAUUGAAAACGAGGUUGCCUUGUUAUCUGGUGUUGAGGACGAGCUUCAGAAACUUAAAGACACCAUUUCAACAAUCAAAAGUGUACUUGCUGACGCAGAAAAAAAGCAAGUGCAAGAAGAACAAAUCAAAACAUGGCUGAGGAGGCUUGAAGAUGCUGUUUACGAAGCUGAUGACUUUGUGGAUGAGUUCUCCACUCAUCAAACUUUGCGAUCACAACAACAAGCGAUGACCGGGAAUACACUGGCCAAAAAGGUACGAACUUUCUGCUGCUCAACUUCAUUCCCGCUUGGUUUUCGCCAUAAGAUGGGUAGGAAAAUAAAAGACAUUAGGAACAAACUAGAUGCCAUUGCAAAUGACAGAAAGUUCCAUUUAGUGACUGGCCUUCAGGAGACUGAAGUAGUGACUGCGGAGUGGAAAGAUCACUCGUUUCAACGGGAAGAAGAUACUAUUGGAAGAGAAGAUGACAAAGUAGAAAUCAAGAAACGUUUGUUUGAUAUGAAAACCAAGGAAAACAUAGGAGUGAUUCCCAUAGUUGGUGUUGGAGGCCUAGGAAAAACCACACUUGCACAACUAGUUUUCAAUGAUGAAGAGGUUCAAAGGCAUUUUGAGCCAAAAUUGUGGGUGAGUGUACCUAAAGUUUUUGAUCUGGAGCUAGUUGUCAAGGAAGUUUUUCAGUCGGCACGACAAGGCGAGAGAUCUACUGAUAUUACACUAGACCAAAUGCAAAAAGAUAUUCGAGAAAAAAUAAAAGGAAAGCAAUUCCUACUUGUGUUAGAUGAUAUAUGGGAUUUGGAUAACCGUGAAAAAUGGUUGAGUUUAGAAAAUUUGUUGAGAGAUGGUUCCAGUGGAAGUAGAAUAAUAGUAACCACACGUGAUAAGGAGGUUGCACGCAUCAUCAAUGGCCCAGAAGAACCACCUUACAUUUUAAAGGCAUUAGAUGAAAUUAAGGCAUGGUCUCUGUUUGAAAAAUUGGCUUUUGUACAAGAGCCAAAGGGUUCUAUCAUUGUGGAAAUUGGAAAGGAGAUUAUGAAAAAGUGUGGAGGAAUCCCUCUAGUUAUUAGAACAAUUGCAAGUCUGUUGUAUUCCAGACAUGUUGAUGAGUGGUUAUCUUUCAAAGAAAAGGAACUAUCAACAAUAUCACAAUAUGAUAAAGAUGUCAUACCUAGGCUUAAGCUGAGUUAUGAUCAUCUUCCAUCACAUUUGAAACGUUGUUUUGCAUAUUGUAGCUUGUUUCCUAAAAACCACAUUAUUGAUGUGAAAAAGCUAAUAAAUCUUUGGAUGGCUCAAGGAUUUAUUAAGUUAUCAAAUCACCAAGAACGUCCAGAAGACAUGGGAUAUCAACAUUUUACUGAUCUACUUUAUAGAUCCUUUUUUGAAAAAGUUGGAACUGAUGAUAUUUUGAAUAUAAUAACAAAAUGCAAGAUGCAUGAUUGCAUGCAUGAUCUUGCAAUGUCAGUAGCUGGACCACAAUGUGUUAUGUUAAAUUUGAACGUUGCUGCUGCUGAUGAUGAUAAAAUUGAGACAACAACUCAUCAUAUGUCAUUCAAUUUCGGCUUAAGAGAUCAUCAAAGUUUUGCAGAUUUUUGGGUCAGGGCUAAAAGGAUUAGAACCAUUCUUUUUAAUAAAUGUUCUUAUUCAUCAAUGUUGAGAUUGGGAAACUCACUUGAUAAAAUUGAUUUGCAAUUUAAGUUCCUACGCACUUUGGGUCUCAGUGGACUGGGUAUGGAGACUGUACGAGAUUCUAUUGGUAGAUUGAAGCAUUUGAGAUGUCUUGAUCUUUCGGCUAAUUCUAUGAAGGCAUUGCCUGAUUCUAUUGGAAAUUUGCAUAAUUUGCAAACGCUUGAUCUGUCCGGUUGUGAAAGUCUUGAAGCAUUACCAGAUUCUAUUGGUGGAUUGAAGCAUUUGAGAUAUCUUGAUCUUUCCCGUAAUUCUAUGAAGGUAUGGCCUGAUUCUAUUGUAAAUUUGCAUAAUUUGCAGACGCUUGAUCUGCAGUUUUGUGGAACUCUUGAAGCAUUACCAGUAGACAUUUGGAAACUAGUCAACCUUCGGCAUCUUUAUACAGAUUUCGCUUUUAGACAAAUUCAUCUGCCACGUGGACUAAGUCAACUAACUAAUCUACAGACGUUGACUGAAUUUCAAGUAAAGGCGGAGCAUGGUAGCCAACUAAAUGAACUCAGGGAUCUAAACAACUUGAGAGGACGUCUGAGGAUUGCAGUCCAAGAAGAUGGGAUAAAAUCUGAAGGUGCAAAUUUGAAGAGUAAACAGCAUCUGCAGUACUUACAAUUAUGGAUUGAUGGGAAAAUGGUAGAUGAUUGUGGAGAUCUGGUGCCGCACUCAAAUAUUAAAAGCUUCACUUUAUUGGGUCCAUAUCCAGGUGCUGCAUUAUUAAACUGUGUCCCCUCGCUUAAAAAUCUUGUGGAGUUUACGCUAUGGGGACAUAAGGAAUGCCAGUCUAUAGCGGCCUUGAAUCAUCUCCCACAUCUGAAAGUACUCCACCUUCGGAAUUUAAAAGCUGUGAAGUACAUCUCGAGCGAUGACUAUGAUGAUAAUGUAGUCGAUGGCAACUUGCUACCAUUCUUCCCAUCCCUACAACGACUCGGUUUAUUUGAUAUCCCAAAUCUGAAAGGAUGGUGGAAAGGUGUGGAGAACACUGAAAAUACAAGCCGAUCACUACCUUUCUUUCCCUGUCUUUCUCAAUUAGUAAUUGAUGGGUGUCCCAACCUAAUUUGCAUGCCUCUUUUCCCUUAUCUACAAGAGCUUCAUCUACGGGGAACGAGAAUAAAGCCAUUCCAACAGACAUUAAUGAUGAAGAAUAUUGUGGGACCACCAACAUCAUCAGACAAAGCGUCAUCCUCCUCCUCUGCUUCUUCUGCCGCCUUACUUCCUCUCUCCACUUUGAAGAUUCUGGAUAUUGAGGAUUGCAAGGAGCUGGAGAUGCCUUACGAGGAUAGUGGUGCAAUUUUGUGGCAACACCUCCAAAGCCUCUCUAUUUUGAGGUUGUAUAAACUUCCAAAACUGGUUGCUCUACCUGAAGGGCUUCAACAGGUUACUAGCCUGCAGGAAAUCAGCAUUUCUGAGUGUGAGAUUUUGAAGGCUGUUCUGGAAUGUGUCAAAAGCCUUAAAUCGCUACGGAGUUUAGGAAUCGCAGAUUGUCCCAGUUUGAUGUGUUUGCCAGAAGGAAUCGAUGGCCUCACCUCUUUACAGAAUCUUAUAAUUGUUAGAUGUCCCAUCGUAUUGGAAAAAUGUCUAGAGGAUACUGGCGACUAUUGGCCUAUGAUUUCCCACAUCAAGAAUCGGCUUUUGGUCUAUUAGGACGAUUCUGAGGAUGAGGACGAUUCUGAGGAGCAUCAACUUGCUAGUAGUGUCGGCCGAUCUGAUCGAUGGCUUUGAUUUGUUGAUUGAUUCACUAAUAACCAAAUGUACAACAUGCUCAAAAGAUUUGGUGCCAGAGGCCAUGGAGGCCAGCACAAUGAAGACUGCAGAAGGACUUUUGAAAACUUGUUCUUUUUCUGGUGUGGCUUUUAACUGUGAUUUGGUGACUUACGCUCUCCUCGGCGCCCCGCGCGCCCCCCCCCCCCCCCCCCCCCCCCCCCCCCCCUCUUAGAUUUAUGUGUGUGUGUGUGUGUGUUCCCCCUUUUUUUUUUUUUUUUUUUUGUGUUGAUUAGUUCAGAUUUAUGUGUGGCUUCCAAGACAUGGAUUCUCUAACGUUUGGAACUCCAGAUUUUAAUGCCAUCUAAUAUAUUAUUUGAGCUCAAAAUACUAGCAUUUCGGCCAUUGUGGUUACCACCCUACUUUUUAUGGAGUCAUAGUUGAUUAAUGUUGAUUAAUAUUCGAAAAUUGUUAUCUGUUACCAUUGAUUUACAGUGAAAUCUAUCUCAGGGGGAACAUUAAUUGAAUAUUCAUUUUAUUGUUUAGAUUUUUCAUUUAAAAAGUUAAAAGAAAAUUCAAUUAUUAAUUUGUCGUUUGA